CGACGCACAGACCUCGGGACGAAUCGCAGCGCGCGCUAGUGCGGCCACCCUCUUUUGCGGGGAGGAGCGGGGGGCAGGAGCGAGCGCGCCUGCGCGCUGGGCGGCCUUUUCCCACGUUCACGUGGCCGGAGGGUCGUAGUGCGGGUCUCCUUGCAGAGGCGGCAGCUCCAGAGCGGAGUACCAACUGCGGCGGUCGGCGUCAUGGCAGGGCAGGCGUUUAGAAAGUUUCUUCCCCUCUUUGACCGAGUUUUAGUUGAAAGGAGCGCGGCUGAAACUGUAACCAAAGGAGGUAUUAUGCUUCCAGAAAAAUCUCAAGGAAAAGUGUUGCAAGCAACAGUAGUAGCUGUUGGAUCGGGCUCUAAAGGAAAGGGUGGAGAGAUUCAACCAGUUAGUGUGAAAGUUGGAGAUAAAGUUCUUCUCCCAGAAUAUGGAGGCACCAAAGUAGUUCUAGAUGACAAGGAUUAUUUCUUAUUUAGAGAUGGUGACAUUCUCGGAAAGUAUGUGGACUGACAUCAUUAUUAAAAUGGCAUGAAGUGAAGCUGCCCAUUCCAGUGAAGUUGUGAAAUCUUUCAUCGUGUAAAUAAUUUUCAUGUCUCUUUUAUAAUAAACUAAUGGUAUCCAACCUAAUGAUAUCCAGUGUCUCUAAAAUUCAGUUUUAGUGUACUGAUACAAAUAUUAGCAAAUAAAAAUGCAUAAAUG